GGAAACACACGAUCAAUGGACAGAAGAAAGAUGACUACAACAAGCUGAAAUCGCAUCAUGAACUCAAAUCUUGACGAAAAUCGAGCUCAAAUCUUCGAAAUUGACCGUACGACUCCGUAAUCUUCGAACGGACGCUGUCGCAUUAACCGGAAUCGAGAUCGGAGUUGAAUCGCCGAAGAAUUUAGGUCAUGAAUCGGUUGAGCUUGGGCUCAACGCUCUGAUACCAUGUUAGAAGUGAUAAACGAAGAAGAAGAAGAAUCGUGAAUUUGUGUUAAUCUUCUUAAUCCAAUCUUAUUACAUGAGAGGCUCUUAUAUAGCCGAUACAACUGAUUUUACAAUGACUAAACCAAUAUAAACCAAUGCUAAACCAGUACAUAUUUGAUUACUCUAAUAAUCUACUCGCCACAAAGAAGUCAUCUACUCGACUCGAAAUUGGCCGCUUCUGUUUUGUUUCAUUAUUAGGUGAUGUGGCAACUUAAGAAAAAUGUUUAGGAUCUGAUGUAGAUAUUCUUAAAAGACUCAAAUUGUCCCUUUAUUAGUAUAGAUUUCUUCCCAAACUUAGAAUUAUUUCCCACAAAGUUCCAUUGGUCACGUUAGUAGCAUUAACCCUUACCUAGUCAUGAUCCUCACAACCAAAAAAGGUUAUAAAUUAUGGUUUUUCUUAUUCAAUGGAGGGUGGAGAAGAUAAGCAUUGAGUAGAAGAGACUGACCUAGUUAAAACCCUAUAUAUAAUAUAUUCCCAUGUUGCUAAUUAAAUAUGAUGUUAAUUAGAAUAUAUGUUUCAGCAUCUCAAAUUUCAACUCUCUUUUAUAAAUAUAUACCUUAUAUAGUUGGCUAAGUUACAACUUGGUCAAUAACUUCAGUUUUUGGUAUUUAUAGUUUCCAAUGAUAUUCUCCCACAAGGCCUCAAAACAACCAAAAUCACAUCAAGAACAUAAUGGGUUCAGGAAAAACUAGGGCUAAACCGACUAACCGUCCAUCAGUGAGACACCCGAGUCACAAUCAUCCGUUGCGGGUCUUCAAAUCCAAAGAAGAAGAUGAGAUCAUUUGCUCUGGAUGCGAACGUGAUCUAAUUGGGCAAGCUUUCAAGUGUACAAAGUCAGAGUGCGAUUACUUCUUGCACAAGUCAUGUUUCGACCUUCCCGGUGAGAUCCAUCACAAGUCUCACACAAAUCACCCUUUGACCUUGCUCCAUUCUCCACCGAAUGGCCUAUCCACUUACACGUGCGAUGCGUGCGGUGAAUACGGAUCUGCUUUCACUUACCAUUGCUCGGAGUGCAAAUACCAUGUUCACGUGGGAUGUGCGUUUGUCCCUGAGAACGUGGAGCGUGAAGAUCACGAACACCCACUCACACUACUUUACAACACACCAUGCAAAGGUCGUAAGGACGGAGUGAUGUUCAUAUGUGAUGUUUGUGAAGUAGAUAUGUCGGAGAAUCUUUGGGUGUAUUACUGCAAAGAAUGUGACUAUGGGACGCAUGUACAUUCAUGUGCGACAUAUGAAGAUAAUGAGCCAAAGAAAGGAGAACAAGAAGAAGGAGAAUCAAGCGCAUUAUCGGCUUCAAGGAUAAAGUCACUAAUGGAGGCUGAAAAAGAGAUGAGAGAGAUGGCGAUAAUACAUCAACUACAGUUAGAUGCUCUUGACGCGGCGGGUAGUUAUGUCGGUUCAUGGGAACCAAGGAGAAAAUAUUAUUGGUGAAUGAUGAAUGUUGGGAGGACCAUCAAACUUUGUAUAAAUUUUUCUCUUUUGUGAAAUUUCGUUUACGAAAUAAAACCAAGUAUAUGUUUUAGAUUCUGAUCUCGU